CGAUUUGAUUGUGUGUGCAGUAGUUUGUACUUAUCUAGUGACAGCAGCAAAACACGACAAAACUUAUGUCGUAUUUGUGUUGUUUAUUAAUACUGGUUGUUAUUUUUAGAAUAAACGUUUUAAAAUUUUUUGUACAUAAUUAUUUAAUAAAUAAGUAAAAUGUCUCGUGAAUCGAUAAAUUUAUAUGUAAAACAACCGAUUAAACGAUUGGAAAUACCAAUAAGUAAAUUUGACGUAGCAAUUUCUCAUCAUUUAGAUUUAUUACAAAGACAUAAAAACAAUAUUAAAAAGUUUGAAAAGAUAAAAGAUUGGAAUAAGGUUCACAAAGAACAAAUAAAUGCAUCAAGACUAGUGAAGCAACUUGAACAACUUGUAUAUGAAAUGGAUACGUUGCGAGGUCAAGUUAAGAAUGAGGAUAUAGAAAAGUUCGAUAAGCUAACGUGGCAAUCAAGGUGUUCAACAAUAAAUGCUAUCCAAGAAUAUUUAGAAAUGGAAUUAGCAUCUGAUCCUCCAGAGACAACAGAGAAAAAAUUCAAAGAUGAAUCUCAAAUAAAUGAGCCAACAGAUGAUGAUGAUUCAUCAAAUAAUGAUCAAGAUAAUCAACUCUUACAGGUAGAAAAAGAACUGGAAGAAUUAGAGAGAAAAAAAUCUUGCCUGAAUACGUGGAAUUUAUUACAAAAUGAUCUACACCAAUUACGUCAACUAUUUAUUGAUUUAAAUCGAUUAAUUAAUGAUCAAAAAGAAGAUGUCAAUAAAGUAGAAGAUCACGUUAUUAUAGCUGAUGAAAAUGUAAAUGAGGGAAACAAAAACCUAGAGAAAGCAUUGAAGCUAAAAGCAACGGCCUAUCCACUUGCUGGAGCCCUUUUAGGAACUUGUAUUGGUGGGCCGGUUGGUUUAAUUGCUGGAUUAAAAUUAGGAGGAUUAACAGCCUUUGGCUGUGGAAUUUUAGGAUAUGCUGGCGCCACAAUUCUUAAAAAAAACCAACUUCAAAAAACUAAGAAUGUCGAUACUCACGAAAUGACGACUUCAAAAACAAAUUUUAAUUCAGUUUCUUCAAAAGAACCAAAAAAGCAACUAUGACAAACAAAUAGAUUAAAAUUAAAAACGAAAUGUGAUAUACUCUAGUUUUUUAAUUUAUUACUUAAAUUCUAAUAAUAAAA